CUUUUGUUUCCACUCACGUCAAACUCGUGGUCAUGGCGGACAAUCCCAAAAUGUCGGUGGAUACCACUCAGCACAAGGAGGAGUUUCACGGCGAUGAAAAGGCCGACAUCCAACACUCCGAGGUCUUGGCCAACCCCGAUCUCUUGCACGAGGCCUUUGAUGGCGAGAACCGUGAACAUGAGUUGGGUGUAUGGGAAGCGGCCAAGAAGCACCCCUGGGCUUGCUUGUGGGCAUUCAUCAUGUGUUUUACCAUUGUCAUGGAAUCGUUCGACAUGUUCCUCAACACCAACUUUGUUGCCUUGAAAGCGUUCCAAGCACGUUACGGGGUCCAAGUCUCAGCUACGGAAUAUGUCAUCCCCACUAGAUGGCAAAGUGCGCUCUUCCAAUCCGGCCAGUGCGGUGCCUUUAUCGGGGUUUUCAUGGCCGGACCCAUCACCAGCCGCCUGGGCUACCGCUGGACCACCAUCCUGGCUCUGAUAAUGAUGAACGGCGCGAUUUUCAUUUCCUUCUUUGCCGAGUCCCUCACAGUGCUGGUGAUCGGACAAGCAUUUGAAGGUGUUCCCUGGGGAUUCUUCAUCGCCAACUCCCCCGCCUAUGCCAGUGAAAUCGUGCCCCUGCCCCUACGAGGUGCCUGCACCGCCACUCUGCAGAUGAGCUGGUCAAUUGGUUCCAUCAUUGUCGCCGCCGCCAGCUAUGGCUACAACGGGCGAGCCGACCAGUGGGCCUGGCGAGCCCCUCUGGCCUUGCAGUGGAUCUUCCCAACCCCCCUCUUGAUCUUCGUCUUUCUCGCCCCUGAAUCUCCGUGGUGGCUGAUUCGCCGCGGUCGCAAGGAGGAGGCCAUUCGCUCCAUCCAGCGCCUCGGCACCAAAGACACUGAAGAAGCCCACCAGACCCUGGCCAUGAUGGAGCGAACCAUUGAGAUCGAACAGGAGAUGGGUGGUGCGCCGACUCUCCUCGACCUGUUGAAGGGAACUGAUUUGAGGCGAACCAUCAUCACCUGCCUGGUCUACGCGUCCCAGAAUUUCGCGGGUAACCUGAUUGCCAACCAGGCCACCUACUUUUUCGAGCAGGCCGGCAUUUCCACCGGAAAGGCGUUCGAGCUCAAUCUGAUUAACUCAUGUCUGCAAUUCGUGGCCAACGGAUGCUCGUGGUUUUUGAGCGCAUGGUUCGGCCGUCGAACCAUCUACCUCUGGGGCACGGCCACCAACGUCACCCUCCUCUUUAUUCUCGGCAUCUGCGCCUCUGUCACCCAGACCCACGCCACCAACUAUGCCCAGGCCUGCUUGGGAGUCAUUAUCUCCUUCGUCUUCGCCGGGACACAGGGGCCGAUCUCCUACACCAUCAUUUCCGAGACCUCCUCCGUGCGUCUUCGCGCGUUGAGCACCGCCGUCGGUCGUGCCGCCUACUACGUUGCGGAGAUUCCGAUGAUCUAUCUGUCGUCGAGGAUGCUCAACACCACCGGGUGGAACCUGGCCGGCAAGUGCGGUUAUGUCUGGGGAGGUACCGCCACCUUCUGCUGGGUGAUGGCGUACUUCUUCUUGCCCGAGCUCAAGAACCGCUCGUACCGUGAAACGGACAUCCUGUUCAAUCGCAAGAUUUCUGCUCGGAAGUUCAAGUCGACCGUCAUUGGGGUGGAAGAAAACGAGUAAGGCAGGGAACGUACACGAAGGAGCGAAGCCUGUGUAUCCGCUGAGGGUUGUG